AUCGACUCAUCUUCGCCUACGCUUGCUCUAGCAACGAGAAUUCGACUCAUUAAUAUCGUGCAUUAUGACUGACCUAUAGUCUCUUAUAGUUUAAACGAGUCAGAAUGUCACAGUCACGGUCAGCCUGGCAGUUUAUAAGGGCCCUACCUUCAGUUAAGGGGCCUUGUCAUGCUCGUCUCGCCAUCUGCACCUCAACCCAAAUAAUCAGACCUAGCUCGUUUCUUGCUGCCAUCGCUGCUAAGAUGUCGUCUACUAACAUGGCUGCUCCUCUCGCCGCUGCUUCAUCCCAGAACGUUACUCUCCCAGCUAUUCCUGAGCUCACCGAUCCCAACUUCCUUGACGUUCUUCUUCCUGUCGCUGAGCGUGCUAAGCCGAUUAAAAUCGCCGAAACUUCUCCUGCGCAUCCAAAUGCUAUGAUGGAUGCGCUCCGCUCGACUGUUCACCAAAAGCUCACUGAAAAUGCUUCGCCAGCGUUUAGUUCCACUCUUUCCACUACACUCGAUGCAUUCCAGGGAAUUCGUCCCGGUGUGUCUGGGUCCUCGAUUGAUGAUUACCUUUCCAAGGCUUGGGCUGAAGACCCAGCUCUCACCCUCCGAAUCAUCUGGUCUCUCAGGAGCAUCCACGAUGGGAAGGCUGACAAGGAGCUCUUCUACAUGGCGUUCGGCUGGCUCUUCGAAAACCACCCUCGCACUGCUCUCUCCAAUCUCUAUCUUCUUGUAGAGCCUGUCUGUACUCGCUCUCGUCCUGUCAAAGGCAAAGACUUCAAGAAACGUGUGAACAUGUCUCACGGGUACUGGAAAGACCUCCUUAACAUCCUCGCAUUAGCCACUGUCGACGAGCUUCAUCCUGCCCCUGUUCGUAAUUCGCGCACCAGUUUCCUUCAUAACUAUACGCUUCACAACUCUCGUCCCAAAUUCAAGUCUAAUGCAGAGCAAGAAGCGUGGUCGAAGGCACAGCGUGUUCAGGCGCAUGGUGUGAACCACGCCCGCAUUGCGGAAAAGCUACAGCAGCCAAAGUACCGCGCUCUGUAUGUUGCAGUCUCCAGGCUAUUCGCAGAGCGGCUUGUUCAGGAUGUCUCUAUUCUUCAAGGGCUAGCUUCCCUUCCGGCGGAUGCGAGAGACAAGGACCGGGUAUCCCUCAUAUGUUCGCUAUCCCUAGCGACGAAGUGGGCACCCUCUCCUGGUGGGUCGCACGAUAGGGUCACGAACAUCACCUCUGCCAUUUGCAUCCUCCUGCACCAUGCGCAAAUAACAUCUUCCCUCGCGUACAAAAUCCCUCUCACGCUCGCGCCCAGUGCUCUGGAGUUGCAUGUCUUGCGUUCCUUCCUCCGCCGCCACAUUCUUACCCCUUCCCGUCGCCUCAAGUCCCUCCCCGAGCCCCUCAUGUCCGCCAACCGCUGGUCUGAAAUCGUCUACUCCCGCAUUUCAUCCGUCUGCAUGGAUCAAAAUAAGGGUCAUUUCUUUGAUCACGAUCCUGACCGCUUUGUUUCCUACCUGACAGAUGUGGAAUCAGGAACGAAGCAGAUCAGUGGUGCAACACUCCUCCCACACAACCUUGUCAUGCAGGCCGUGGAAUCCGUGCACGCUGUGCCAGCGAAAGAGGGGACCCUGCAAGCUGCCCUCCAGCGACACAAGUUAAAGCUUGCUGAGACACGAGCGCGCGUGGUGGAGGCACAGUGGGCGACGCUCCUCGAGCGUCUGCGCGAGGCUGGAGAGCUAGAUAAUUGCAUCGCCGUCUGUGACGUCUCGGGGUCCAUGGGCAGUGUCCAUCACGACUACUCUACAUCACGCAUGUCCGACGUAUCUCCCAUCUGGCCUGCUAUUUCCCUCAGCCUUAUCUUAGCGCGGCUCGCAAAGCCACCUUUUAAUGACGCGUUCAUCACUUUCUCUGCGAACCCACAGAUGGUCGUACUUGAUCCUGAAGGCACUGUUUCACUCGGUGAGACGGUGAAGAAGAUGGCGUCUUCUCAGUGGAACAUGAACACCGACUUCAAUGCCGUCUUCCUUAACCUUCUUCUCCCACUCGCCAAGAGGCACGCCGUGCCUCAGGACCAGAUGAUCAAGCGCAUCUUUGUGUUCACGGACAUGCAGUUCGACGAGUCUCGGAGAGUCGAACAGUACUAUUCGCGUGAUUCAGAUGGUACCGCACUGAAUGCGGCGGAGUGGGAGACGAACCACGAUGUCAUCGAGAAGGCGUACAAGGAGGCAGGAUACGAGAUGCCACAGAUCGUGUACUGGGACCUGUCCUCCGCAGAACGUUACCCAGGUAACACUGCUCCUGUGACCAGUGAUCGGAAGGGCGUUGCGUUGCUGAACGGGUUUUCGCCGUCGCUGUUGAAGGUGUUCAUGGGAGAGCUCGAGGAAGAGGAGGAUGAGUGGGAGGCAGUGAAUAAGGACGGGGAGAAGGAGAAGCUGAGGAACUUCGAGGAAGAGUUCAAUCCUGUGGAGAUUAUGAAGAAGGCGUUGGGGAGGAAGAGUUUUGAUGGGCUUGUUGUCGUUGAUUGAGGGAUUGGUUGGUCGCGUUGACGUGUAUUUUUAGCAUCUUUCACCACUCAUGUAACUUAUCUGUAUCAUAUUCAAUGCACGCACUUCUCAUCCAAAUGUCAACCUAUUAAGAGC